UUAACAACCCACUCCCGACCAAAAUUAUAAGUACUUCUUUCCGAAGAACAAUGCCUAACAAACGACUGCCGCAUUUGAAUGCCAGCAUGCAGCCGCACAUGUCCAGGCCCAGUCUGGUGCGCAGCUCCUCGCCCAAGCAGGAGCCGGACAAGCGGAAUGGCCUCGAUGGAGAUUUACUGGAGGAGUCCAGAGAGGAAUGCAAGCGAGUCCGUUGGAAUAUCCCGUUUGAUUCGUUGCAAGACAAACGAGGGCCAAGCAAAAGUAAGUUGAGCCAAAAGAGCCCCUCCUUCAUCACGCCGUCGAGCACAAAACCAAUGCAAUUCGAUCCGGAUACCCCAAAGGAGGUGCAGGUGGCCCACGAACUGCGGCUGGCGGUGCACCGCGGUGGCGGUUCUACUGAUCCCGACCACAACUACGCGCUGAGGGCCAAGCUGUCCCCGCUGCAGCUGCCCUACAGCCGCAUCCAGAGGAUCCUCAAGGAGUGCGAGCUCUACGAACGGAACCAGACCACCUUUAUCGUGCCCAUCGAUUACAAUGAUGAUCAGGUGGCACUCGUGUGCAAGGCUCGGACGCACAACCUCGCGGAACUGAAGCAGCGACUGGCCCCCUUGCUGAUGCGAUACAAGGCGCGGCUUUACAAUCGGCAUCUGUUCACCGAAACGGGCGUCAUCAAGGCCAUUGUGCCCCGCAAGACGCGCCUUAACUUCUCGGACUUCAGCCAAACCGUCCAAACGGAUGCCCUGUGGUGCAAGGCCUCUUCCGGCGAAAUAAGCGACUAUGAAAAUGGCUUUGUCGUCUUCAAGUGCCCGCCCAAUGAAUUGGCCGACGUGGCGGCAAAACUUAAGCAAAGCGGCUACAAAAUCCAUCACUCGGAGAUCGGACAUUGCCCCAACGAGCCUUUGGUUUCGCUCUCCCCGCGCCACCUUAAACGCUACGUGGAUUUCGUGAUGGAACUAAAACAGGAUGAGGACAUAUUCAAAGUGUAUGACAAUGUUGACCAUCAAAUUUAAGUAGUUUAAAGAAAUAUUAGACAAAGUAGUAGACAUGA